UGCGGCUUCAACCUUUGUGAGGCUUGGGCAAACACAAGAUUUGCCUGCACCUUGGCUCAUCUCACCUCGGGUUUGGCCUUUCUGAAUUUAGUCCCUGGCUUGUUCUUAACCAUCCUUCUUCGCCCUCCACUUCACCACACAUUCCCCCACCCCCCACCUCUUUCAUUCACAUGUCGUGGUAAGUCAGAGGAAAGCGAGACCUCAGACACCUCACUCCAACCACCGGAUACUCUUCAAGUUGGCGGCAUUCCAGCCGUCUAACCUCUGUUAAAGUCUUGUCGCGCGCAUUCCUCUCCUCCUUUUCUCAGAGGACACAGCAAGGACAAGACCAACGCCGUGUCGCAACCAUGGCUCACCAACCUUACCUCUAUAAUGUCGUCAGCAACAAUUCUCGUUUUCCAGAGCCAAAGUUCGAUCCAAAGGCAGUGACCCGCGCAAGCUGGGAGCCCCAGCCGCGCAAGCCGAAGCCCGAUGGCCCUUUGGUUACCUUCAACCGCCACCCCGAUGCUCACCUGGUCCUCAACCAUCGAUCCAACAACUAUGUUGCCCUAGGCCCGAGAACGAAGAGUUGGAUCAAGGCGAUGCGCAUCGUCCAGCUGUGCUUGAGGGUCCUGGAGUUGAUCGGUGCUGCCGGACUGCUCGCCCUGCUCAUCCUGCUAGACAAUAUCGAGACGUUGGCCGGCUGGGUCAUGCGUAUUACGCCUGGUGUAGCCAUGGUGCACUGUCUUUACGGCAUAUACCACUUACAGCGACCCGCCGGAGACCGCAGUCCUGCUUCGUCUACCGCCUAUCAGCUUUUCGCCAGUAUCUCGGAUCUUGGAGUUAUGCCCCUUUACGCCUACGGUGCUCUCACUGUCAACAAUAGCGGUGGUACCUGGAAGACGCGCCUUUCCGACCAAAGCCUGAUGGAUUAUUUCCUCCCAUCCGUCUUCUAUACCUUCAUCGGUGCUGGGGGUUUGCACUUGAUCUCUCUCGGCAUCUCAAUAUGGCUUGGUGUCAUGUUCCGCAGGAUUACCGAAAUGCCCCCCGACAUGAACCCCUUGGAGGACAACCUCACCUCCCGAGCCAAACACAAGAGAAACAAGUCCAGUGUUGCUACCUCGAUGAGCGGAGAUAGCGAAAAGAGAAUGUCCACGCCCCUCGAGGACCGUCGUCGGUCAGGUGCCCCAUAUGAGGAUGUAUCUCGACCACCUAGCAUCCCUUUCCAACGGACCCGCGCCGGCUCAGACGUUUCCAGCUACACUCGCAAUUCCUAUGUUGAUCUUCCCAGCCGCCAGUAUCAGGUUCCUCCAGGAAAUCCACAGAACCAGACGGCAGGCGUCAGCGAGUACGCUCGCACGUCUGGGCCUCGAUCCUCAUACCGCGGGUCUUACACCGAGGUACCGCUCCACGAGACCAACAUUGCAGGAUCUAGAACUUCUCUCUCUUCCGCAGUCCCAGUCCCCGGAGGUAAAUUCACCGAGACGUGGUUUGCGACUGACUCGAUGAUCUCCCGCACUCAGAAGCGAAACCGCGCCAUGGACCAAGCCACAACAGCCGCGAACUCGCAGAGGCAAGGUCAGAGAAAUAGUACGUACGAAGCUGUGUCUCAACGAUACAACGUCGCCGAUUCCGAUUCAGAGCACGACGAGAACGAUCUUGCCGGCAGUGAUUUUGAGAAUGAUAUCGGCCAAAGCCCUCACCCGAAUCCAUUGAAGUCCCACCCGACGCCCCCAAAGACCAAGACUCCAUACUACUCGCUCAAGGACACGGCAUUGUCGGAAGUAGACCUCAACUCUCGUAGGGUCAGCGGUACCAACGACAUUGCCGACCAAAGACCUUCAUCGCUCGUGCCUCAAGCCUGGCCGCGCAACCGCGACAGCUCGAUCCAACCCGAGGCUGAUUUCUACUCUAAGCCAUAUGGCGAGUUGAAGUCGGCAACUCCCCCGGUUAUGAUCGGCGGCAAUCGCCAAGUGUCGUCCGGCAACGACUUCAAAGACAACAAGUACUCGUCGGCUUAUGGAAGGCGUAACGUAAGUGGCAAGGUUGCUGAGGAAGGUCUCGCAGGGUCGAAGAACAUUCAGCACUACGGCGUGGCGCGGUGAUGAGGAGGUUUCUGCGAACAGCGAGUGGUGUAAUUGUUUUGGGAGUUUGAUAUGAGAACACGGGUGAAUUUCACAACGUUCCGUCGAAAAAAGAUUAGGAGGGACAUGAACAGCUUCAUUGGAUGUAAAGUACUAGUAACGAAGAGAAGGCAACUACGCUGUGAUACCAAUACAAAUAACAAAAGUCACCU